GCCAAUUGACUGACACACAUAUCAUCCAAAUUUCAAGUGUAGCACCAGACAAACAAAUUUGCAGUGAAAAAAACAGCAAAUCCACCAAAAAAAUAAGAAUUCGAAUAACUGACAAAAUUGCGUUGCUCAUUUGACGGAGAUCGAACAUGAGAUCCACCACUCCUGCUGCGACAAAUACGAGAAAACCGAAUCCGCUGCAGGAUGACGAUCUCUCCGAACUAACCAAAAGGGAAAUACUCUUUUGGGCGCGCAAACUCAAACUAUCGCCGUCAGAGCUAUUUACGCUCUCCAAACACGAACUCGAGUAUCAUCUGGAACGGGCACAGCAAGAAGAUCUUGAGGAGGAGCAGCGACAAAACCAGUAUGCGAAAUGGGAGAUGUUGUCGGAGAUGAAACGUUUUUUGCUCGAAGAGCAGCAUAAGGAGCGUUUAAGAGGCGGUGGAACGGGAGCAACACCGAACCGGCGCACAAUUUGGGAUAUUUUAUGCACUGCCGUCAGCGAAAUCGAAUCUAUGUACGCCCAUAGGCAAGCGUAUGCGGAUAGCAGCGCCGAUUCGUGCCCAUACUCGGAUACCGGUGGUUCUAGUAGUUACGCAACGUCAUCCUUCGGCGGUUUUGAACCGCCACAGGUGCCGAAUAUGUGCUCGACAAUGUAUGACAUGCAUCCCGACGACUCACAAUGUACGCCGCCAGAUUUUCCCUCCACAUUUACGGCCACACCAAUCAGUUUUGAGAGAUCCCAGCAAAAUUGUGAAAGGCAAUCGCGGCCUUUGAACGCCACCUACAAUUUGAAUGCGGCAAAUGCAACGUAUAAUGCGUGCGCCGCGCGGAAUGCAAGCAGAAGUCCAGUACGCGGAGCUGCGCCGAAUUCAACAUACAACACCUGCGCGCCUCGUAAUGUCACCUAUAACAUGCCACUUGCUACAAAUGACAUCUACAGCAACGCAUGCCCGUCGGCGGGGAAUACCACCUACAAUAUGCCAAGUGGUGCAAAUGCCACAUAUGAUGUAUGUAGACCGCAAGCCGCGAACGCUUCCUAUAAUGUGCCCAAUUAUGCGCCAAAUGCUACCCACAAUAUACCGAGUUGUCCAGCAAACGCUACCUACAAUGUACCGCGUUCCGCGCAGAAUGCCACUUACAAUAUACCGCAACGCGCGCCGAAUGCUACCUUCAAUGUACCGCGUUGCGCGCCCAAUGCCACCUACAAUGUUCCGCGUCCUACACCAAAUGUCACAUACAGUGUGCCACGUUGCGCGCCGAAUGCUACCUAUAAUGUAUCGCAAGCUCGUACCGCCACACAAGCGAGGUGCCCCAAUGGAACAUUUAACGUGUCUCGUGGCGGUAAUCGCACCUUCAACGCUAGCCCGCUACGCGGUAACGUUACUUUUAAUGUGUGCCCCCGUUCGGGUGGUGCCGGUGCGACACCGAGUUUCUGCCCGAAUCCCGCGAUGGCAUCCACACCGAAGAACUGCCCACACACCGGUCAACCGCCUUAUUUUCGCAACUAUACCGAUUAUUGGCUGACAUUCUCGGGCAUGGGCAUCGCCGAAGCGUCCCAGAGUGUGUCAUAUGACAUGUUUAGCGACAACAAAAGUAUGGUGCGUGCUGCGGCGCGCACUUAUUCCAUUCCACAUCGCAGCAAGUCUUGUCCACCGAUCGGGCGUACAAAUAGUCCACAGUUCGGCUACAGUUCGGGUGUUAGCAUACCAUGCCCGCGUGGUGCCACGCGUGCAACCUCACCUAUGCGCUGCUCCUCGCCAGUUCAAGCUAUAGCAGCGGUUAAUUACGGUAUGUCGCCAGUAGCGCGGCCACCAGCUGAUCGUUAUAAUGGCGGACCGCGUCGGUUGUGUCGCCGCAAUACGAAUAAUGGCUUUUGCGAUUGCGCACGUCGUUCGCGGAGUGUGCCGCCGCGUUGCUGCUUUUAAGUUGAUAUUAAAGUCGCA